AUAGCCGGAAAUUUCGGAAGGUGGGAUUUCCUGUAAGGAACAUUCGCAUACCUUCAAGUCGCGUCGCAUCUCAGACAUGUGUGUUUAUGUUGAUUUUUGCUGUUUGUUCACUUACAGGCUAUCAGGUGGGAAACAUCUGUUGCUCUGUGGAGAGUAAGGUGCAACAGUAUCUUCAAUUGCUGUUUUCACGUUUAAUCUCAAACAGUCUGCGGUUGUAAGUAAAGGGACCCCCCACCACCCUCCCCCUCAUACUUUGGGUUGCUGAUAGCAUCCUGCCAGCCAUGGGAAAGAAGACCCAGCAGCACCCAGAUGUGGAGGAAGAGUCCUCGAAUGAGGAAGAAUACGUGGUGGAGAAAGUCCUGGACCGGAGGGUGGUGAAGGGCCGUGUGGAGUACUUCCUCAAGUGGAAAGGCUAUUCAGAGAAACACAACAGCUGGGAGCCAGAGAAGAACCUGGAUUGCGCUGAGCUCAUUGCAGAGUUCAUGAAGACCUACGUGAAGCCUACUGGAGAAGGGCAGCCGAAGAGCGCGGGGCAGUCGGGCGCACAUUCAAAGGAAAGCUCAGCCACCAAGAGGAAGAUCUGCACCAAGGAUGAUGACGAGCAGGAGGGCUCCACACCGAAGAAGAAGGAGGAUGAAGUUCUGAUUGCAAGGGGAUUUGAGAGGGGACUGCAGCCAGAGAAGAUCAUUGGUGCAACGGAUUCAUGUGGGGAUUUAAUGUUCCUUAUGAAGUGGAAAGACUCCGACGAGGCUGACCUCGUGCUGGCCAAAGAGGCCAAUAAGAAAUGCCCACAGAUCGUCAUCGCCUUCUACGAGGAGCGUCUCACGUGGCACGAAGACGGGGACAAGGAGAAGGGCGGGGUGACCGUGUGACAGCCGCCUGUCACCUGCAGGGGGCCCCGUACAGAGCGGGAUGUUUAUUUUUAAUCUUUGCUUUAUUUCUCUCCAGGUGAUAAUUGACUGGUAUUCAUUUUGUAUUUCAUUUCAUUUUCUUUUGGAGGACUUGCUUCCCCUUCCUGUUUAGCCAAGUCUGUCCUCCUUUCAAACGUUCACCUUCUACAGUCUUAGUUGGACUUUUAAAGAGAAUUACUCUGUCCCAGUCUAAGUCAGGUUAUUCUACCCAAUUCUGUUUUAUGUGAUGCUGUGAACUAAACAUCACACUUUUCCCCCCUUUCUCUUGAGCAUUUUCAUGUAGUCACUCUGACUUUAUUCAGUGGAAUAAUUGAGAACGAAUCAUAUUCCAUUCUGGGAUGAACUUGUUUAACCAUAGGUGCUCAAAUGUGAUUUCUUAAACCAAUUAAAUUUUUUCAUUUGUUGGGAACUUGUCUGCUCACACAGAAUGCUGUCUUCUAGCAUCCUGUGUUAUUGGAGUAAAGCACUUUGAUAUUCAACAUCAUUGAAUAUUUGUGUGUAAAUUUGGUUGUGUGAGUAAAUGAUUUACACAUUGAGAACAGAGUGACAGGCUUAUAUUUAAAGCUCAAAAUUCUUUAAAUGAGGUGAAUUGUUGCUAUAGCCGAAUGAUACAAAUCUCACUAUUUCGUUAUUAACAGUUGGGGGGAGGGGGAAAUGUGUGUCUAUUUCUAAUGAAAAUCUAUAGUUUUUUCAUGCUGUUUGCUUAUAAUUAAGUGGCACUUUGAAGUGACAUUUUGUAUAUGACCAGCACAAAGGAUUCAUAUGCCAUUUGUGCUGUUUUAACAGUCUGUAACGAUGUAACCCUGAGCAUGUUGCGUUCCCCGGGGCCGAGUGCCGGUCUCCUGAAGGCUUCAGAACAUCUCAUUCUCUCAUUAAGACCUUCCUUGGUGCCUGUCCUCUUCUCAAUCUCAUAACAUUGUAGCCUCAGUGUUUUUUUUUUUAUUAUAAUUUUGUAGGAUUUCUAAUACCCACUUCUGUCAGCUUUAUUCUUUUCUAAUAUACAUUGUUUUAUUUAAUAUGAGCAGUUAAGAAUGUACAGUUUUUGAAAUGCUGUAAUAUUGGAAAUCUUACAAAAUCCCUUUGGGGGGGGGGGGGCAAAGUAGUGGUUUAAAAUGGGAUUUAGUAAACCCUUAAAUAUGCUGUUAUGGGUCCUGCCGUGGGCAGAGGUGGCCACAUUUCUGGGUUCUUGCUGCUGAGGUUGUCCUACACACGGUCAUCCGGAGCUUCGGCCUGUUUUUAAUAUGCGGAAAGUAUCUCCGAUUAAAAUGUGCCGCCAUUCAUUCUGAAUUAUUCGUGUAUAGAUCCCUUGGUGUCUGUCAUUUGUAUGUUCUGUAAUUGUAGUAAACAGAGUUUUUAAUGUUGUA